CUAAAAAUGACAGUAAUUUAUGUUCAAAUCGAAAUCAAAUAGUUUCAAAAUUUUGCAAUAGCCAAACCAUCCAUCACAAUAAUGUUUUAAAAUAAUAUCACAGCAAACACAAAAAAACAGACAUAAUGGAAGAGUUUUUAGAAAAAAUAAAAAAGAAGCUAUCUGUUGACAACAUUCUCGAUUUUAUGAAAGAUGGAAAACUUAAGGAAGAGAUAAAGCAAAGUUUAACGGCUACCAUAAAUUUAAAUGAGAAACCUAAGCAAGAAGAGGUGAGGUCUGCGGAUAUAUCUAAGAAUAUGAUGGAUCCUAAAAAUCAAAUCACUGUGGAAAAUAUACAGCACAAGACAAAUGAAGAUCAAACACCGGUCAAUUUAAGUGAGCCCCUUAAUUUGGCAGACGAAAAUGAGAUACAGGAAAAAGCUUCGGGAACUAAUUUACAAGCAGCAAUUAUCGAGUUAAAUGAAACAAUUAAUUUGCUAGACGUGAAAGAGAUAAAGAAAAAAGCUUCGAAACCAAAUUUGACAAGACCCGACACAACUGCAGAAUCAAGUCCUGGACAAAGAGAGUCAACUGCUACUGGUUCGAUAGAGGGCGCAUCAGAACCCGAUAAAAGUAAUAUCAAAGUGUUGCAAAAACCUCUAACAAUGCCGUCACAAACAGAGCAAGUGGAAUCGAAAACGCAGUUUGAUGACUUUUUUAAUUUGACGUAGAAUUGCAAUAUAAUAGAAAUAAACUGGAUAUGGAACAUU